AUGGGUGGCGCGGCAGAGGAGGCGGAGAAGCGGAGGCAGCGCCUAGGUUCAAUAGUCACAGACAGCUCCAAUACCACAUUUUGUGUCUAUGACUCCGAUAUUGCUACUGGAUAUGGUGUUGGUGCUUUCCUGUUUCUUCUCUCGGGCCAUUCACUUCUUAUGGGUGUUACGAGAUGCAUGUGCUUCGGUGCACCACUUGCACCAGGUGGAAGCAGAGCCUGGUCCAUCAUAUACUUCGCAUCUUCAUGGAUCACAUUUGCAAUUGCAGAGGCCUGCCUAAUUGCUGGAGCAACUAAGAACGCAUACCACACCAAGUAUAGGGAUAUGGUAUAUGCUGGUAACUGGACUUGCCAAUCUCUGCGCAAAGGAGUGUUUAUUGCCGGAGCAGUCUUCGUGGUGUUCACCAUGAUUUUGAACGUCUACUUCUACAUGUACUAUUCUAAGGCCACUAGCCAAGCUGCCAAAAGGAUCAGUAAGACAACUCCCAGCGUUGGCAUGACUGGCUAUGCGUGA